UGGAUUGUCAAUGUCAAACGCUGUCAAAUCAAAUGUCAAACUUUACGAAAAUAAGCCGGCCACUGCAGUGCAGAAAAUACGAGUUUUUUGGACUUUUUACGAAUUUUCUUUAGUGUGAUGUUCAAUAAUUUAUCUAACUAAACCACGAUGUCGCGUAAAUACCGGGACGCGGCUGCGAAGCUGCAGCAGAACGUUCAGAAACAUCUUCAGGGAAUGAAAGAGGUUUCUUCCUCCGACGAUGAAGACCCAUACGAGUCGAGCGUGCUGGAGGGGGUGCUGCAGAGCUACCAGAGCCGCGGUGGCGACGCGCACAUGCUGCAGCGCACCAAGAACCUUCUAGAAGAGUCUCUGAGCGGCCGCGCCGUCACCUGCCUCAUCUGCAUAGGUUCCAUCAAGCGCCUCGACGCCAUAUGGACCUGCGGACACUGCUACUCCUAUUUCCACCUCUCCUGCAUUCAAAAGUGGUCCAAUGACAGCAUCAGUCUCCGCAGUGAAGAAAACCACGGCCCUAUUGCUGUGGUCAAGCCUAAGAAGAUAGAAUGGUGCUGCCCCAAGUGCCGCAACUCAUACUCCAAAGACGAGAUACCGCGCAAUUACUACUGCUUCUGUGGGAAGGCGAGGGACCCUCCGUGCCACCCGUGGCUGAUACCACACUCUUGUGGGGAGAUCUGUCAGAAGCGGCUGUCUGAUGGUGACAACUGCAAACAUAAAUGUCUUCUCCUCUGCCACCCCGGUCCGUGCCCCCCCUGCCCACAAAUGGUGAAUGGAGUCUGCUAUUGUGAGAAGGAACACAAGAAGGUGCGUUGCAGCUCUGCCAAAUGGUCGUGCGGGAGCCCCUGCAGGAGGCUCCUGUCCUGCAAGUCACACAAGUGUGAGAACACAUGUCACGUGGGUGACUGUCCACCGUGCACCUACACAAGUGUACAAUCUUGUCAGUGUGGGGCAGAAAAGGUGAAACGCCCCUGCAAUGAUCCAAAAUGGAGGUGCCUCAAGCCUUGCAACAAACCUUUCUCAUGCGGCUACCACAAGUGUGAAGAAAUAUGCCACUCAUCAGACUGUGGCCUCUGUCCAAACUCUGGAAUGAGAUCCUGCCCCUGCGGUGCAAACCAACGCUAUGUAGAGUGUCCCGAUGUGAUGGAAACCUGUCUAGAAACAUGUGGAAAGAUACAUGAAGAUUGUGGCCAUAGUUGUCCUGAAAAAUGCCACAAGGGCUCAUGCCCACCAUGUCUUGUGCUAGUGGAGAAGAAAUGCCACUGCGGCACCCACAUGAAGUCACUGCCCUGUAGCAAAGAUUUCCGAUGUGACACAAAAUGCAGAGGAAGCAGAGAUUGUGGCAAACAUGCUUGUGCUAAGAAAUGCUGCAACGGGAACUGUCCACCGUGUGAGAAAGUUUGUGACAAGCCACUUCAGUGUGGACGGCACAAGUGCUCCACAGUCUGCCACCGCGGACCCUGUUACCCUUGCCCAAGAGAAUCCAAAGUGACCUGCCGCUGUAAGGAGACAUCCAUCACUGUCCCAUGCGGCAGAGAGAGACACACCAAACCCCCAAGAUGUAGCCUCCCUUGCAAGAUCAAGUAUAAAUGUGGCCAUACCACAGAAAAUGUUCACCAAUGCCACUUUGGAGACUGCCCACCAUGUAAGGCCAUUUGUGACAAGUUGUAUGACUGCAACCACAAGUGUGUAGCCACAUGUCAUGAAUAUGUUGCAGUCACAUUCAAGCAGAUUGAGAAACCAGCAACACCCUGGGAAGUUCAGCAGCCUAAAACGAAAAUAAUGACAUUAGACUGCCCUCCAUGUGAGACAAAUGUUCCCAUGUCUUGCUUUGGUGGACAUGAAACAGUAUUCCAAAAAUGCCAUGUAGCCGCUCGCUACCCUUGUGGCAGGGAAUGUGGCAGAGAACUGCCAUGUAAAAAACACAUGUGUUCAUUACCAUGUCACCUCUUUGAGCAUGAAAAAUCGUAUCCAAACGUGCCUUCUAACUGUGAGCCAUGCGACCGAGAGUGUUUGGUUCCCCGUCCAGAGAAAUGUGUUCACAAAUGCCCCAGAUCCUCGUGUCACCCCGGAGAUUGCCCCCCAUGUGUUGUAGCAAAGAGGUUACCCUGUCACUGUGGGCUUAAUGAAUUGUACAUGAAGUGCAAUGAGUUUAUUGUGGCUAGUGAAGAGCAGUUGUCGUGCAAGCAGCAGUGCCCACGCAACAUGGCGUGCGGCCAUCGCUGCAGGAACUCCUGCCACCCCGGCCCGUGUCAGGGCCAAGUCUGUACCAAGAAGACGAAGGCUUACUGCUCAUGCGGGAACUUGAGGAAGGAGCUCCCGUGCAAUGUGGCUCGGGAUGGGAAGAAAGUAGAUUGCGACGAAUCCUGCAAAGCUAAGCAGUUGGCUGCGAUGUUGGAGAAAGAGAACGAGGAAAAGAGGAGAAAGGAACAGGAAGAAGAGAAGAAUAGGAGGGAGCUGGCGGAGUACGAGUGGAAGCUGAGCGGGAAGAAACGGAAGCACAAGGAGAGGAGGGUUGUUGAGAAUGCGGACGAUCGCAGUCUGCUGCAGAAGUUCUGGAUCCCAGUGACAGCAGUUACGGUACUGGUGUCGGCGGCUCUUUACUACGUCUUAUUAAUAGAAUAGGCGAUUUAUGCUGUUUUACAAUAGUGUUGCUAUUUAGAUAUCCACUAUACAAGUACCAUCUAUUGUAUUGUAAAUAUAAAGGCAGUCAUUAUUUAUUGUAAAGAGACAAAAAAUUUCUAGGUAG